CAUACGAAAGGACGCCACGAACCGCAGGUAUUUAUAUAUAGCAGAGAUUAAGACCCUAGUCAUUGGCGAAGAAGAGGAAGAGAAAAUGAUGAUGAUGAAAUUUGGAAAAGAGAAAAAUGAAGAGAUUUGGGUUAAACAUUAUUCAUCAAAUCACCAUAUUUUGUUAGUUGGAGAAGGAGAUUUCUCCUUUUCUUCAAGUUUAGCUCGAGCUUUUGGCUCUGCUUCCAACAUUGUUGCUACCUCCCUCGAUCCAUAUGAUAUUCUGGUUAAGAGUUACAAGAAUGCAAAAUCAAAUCUGGAAAAUCUUGUGAAGUUAGGAGCAUCUACAUUACAUGGUGUGGAUGCAAUCAAGAUGAGACUACACUCAGAUUUGAAGAUGAAGUGGUUUGAUCGUAUUGUCUUCAACUUUCCUCAUGCUGGUUUUCAUGGAAAGGAAGAUGAUAUUCGCCUGAUUGAGAAGCAUAAGAGACUCGUGCUCGGAUUUUUCAACAAUGCAAGCGGUUUGCUACGAGGGUAUGGCGAAAUCCAUAUAACCCACAAAACAUCAGCCCCAUUUAGCCAUUGGAACAUUGAGGAACUUGCUUGGAGAUGUUCUUUAUCAUUGAUUGAAUGUGUCAGUUUCAAGCUGGAAGACUAUCCAGGUUAUAAAAACAAAAGAGGUGACGGUGUUAGAUGUGACGAGCCCUUCCCUCUGAGAGAGUGCAGUACCUUCAAAUUUAGGUUCGCCCCUGCUCUUAAGAAGAAUCUCAAAGCACCGAGUAACUCGAACUUUGCUCAAGAAAGGCCUAUGCUAUAUCAGGAUAAUUUAACACAAUAUUGGCAGACUUCAUUCUGCCAUGGACAUGAUCUUCAACCAUGUAUGAAUGACAGUUUAGAACAUAGGCAGUCACCUCUAGCUUUCAGAGCCACAAGCGCUAAUAUCUUGCAUAGUCACUUCAAUCAUGCUUCAGCUAGAAAUGAGAGAGCUAUUAUUAGAUCUCAUCCAUUUCAGGGUACUUCAAACAAAAUGCAGCAUCAUCAGCCUACUUCAUAUUGUCAUAUGGAUCCUCAGACAAGUAUCAACCUAAAUUACUCCUCCGAAGAAACAUGGAGACAAGUGAUGUAUGGUCAGAUUUCAAAAUGGAUGGUUGACAUUGGAAGGUCCGUCGUAAGCGCCCAAGGAAGACCCUUGGAAGAGACAGGGAGACAGUGGAUGUUGUAUGGUCACCGUUCAGUUGAAACAUGGACAUCCGACUUCGAAAGGUCUGUCUUAGGCAUUCCAAGAAGAACCUUCAAUGGUGAGUCGAUGAAUGGCAGGUCAGCAGAGCUAAAAAGUUUAGUUUUGCUUUAUGGUAAGCAUGGAUGAAAGCAAUUUCACAAGUUUUUGGUCUCAAAGGUGAUUUGAGUUUAUUUUGAUUUUUUUGUUGGUUGGGAAUGCAAACUAACUUGUACGUAUUUUGGUAGAGGUAGAACCAAUUUCAGCUUUGUUAUUAGUUCCUCAACUCAAACUAGUCUGCAUUGGUAUCAGCCGAUAUAUGGAAUUAUUAUAGCUAUUAAUAGAUGUAAAUUUUAUUUAUUUUCA